GCAGGACUGUUGAUGGGGUGCUGUCUUUUGAAGAAGGUUGGGAAGAAUUUGUGAACCAUCAUGGCCUGAAACUAGGAGAAAUUUUGAUAUUUAAACACAACGGCAAAAGGGCCUUCAAUGUGGUUGCCUAUGAGGCACUUGGUAGUGAGAAAGUGUAUGAUUCCAAAGAAGCAACUGCAUCCUCAACCUCAAGGACUUCGUUCGCGUGCACGAUGAAAAAAUCCCAUGGGGAUCCUCAUAAGGCUUACCUGACUAUUCCUGCGCGAUUUGCGAGAUCAAAUGGCAUUGUGGCCACAUCCAGAAUAAUUCUCAAAGACCCGUCUGGAAUAUCAUGGCCACUGAUCUUAAGUAGGUGGGAAAGCAUAUCCAGGGGCAGUCAUCGUAUAGCUAUCAGAACAAAUGAAUGGUACAAGUUUUAUGAAGCCAACAAGCUCAAAAAUGGAGAUGUCUGCACAUUCAACCUGAAACCGGUAUCAUCUAAGUCAGGUUCAAAAUCAGCACGUGUCAUGGAUGUCCAGAUAACCCGCGGUUGAUCCUAGUCCAUUGUAAAAUUUGUUGAUGUCCUUCGGAUUUUGAACAAUAUCAUCAAGCACCUAAGUUGCUGCUAUCAUGUUUGAUGGGUUUGUUGAUUCUGUGACGAGGUUAUCUAUCUAGCUCAUGCUGUAAUUCUUCUGCUGUUGCUAUCUAGCCAGAAGAGUGUAACUCUGAUGGAUGAAACCUCCUUUAUGCCUACUUUUGAAAUUGUAAUAUUUCCUUCGCAGUUUUAUUUGAAUUUCUGUUAACGGUUGAGUGCUAAUUAAAACACUUUGAUAUCUUUAAUUAAUCAUUUAUG